AUGAUGUUUCUCCACAGCAGUGUUAGACAUGGUUUGUCAUUGUCUCUUGGUGUCAUCAGUGUUAUCAGUUGGGGUGUAGCUGAGGUACCACAGAUUAUGACUAACUACUUUGAGAAAUCCACUGAAGGUCUCUCUCUUGCCUUUUUAACAACCUGGAUCAUUGGAGAUAUCUUUAAUCUCCUUGGCUGCUUGAUGGAACCAGCUACUCUUCCAACACAAUUCUACAUGGCACUGUUGUAUACAGUGACUACAUUAGUUCUCUUUGUUCAAUCUAUAUAUUACGGCCAUAUCUACCCAGGCUUGAAAAACAGAAGAAACCAAAUGGUUGAAGCAGAACGGAUAGCAAACAUAUGCAGUGAUCCGAAAAUUCCAAGUAGAUGGAGGAAUAGCUGCUCUGAUGCUACUCCUUGUGGCGUUCAAACCACACCUAUCACUAUGAUUCCUGGGAGUCACCGGACUAGUUUUACCGGAAGAGAACUAUUCUACACGUCGGCAAGAUCUUUGUCGAGUAGUCAUACACCACCAGCUGGUUCUGUCUUAGCUCAAAGAAUGGCUCGUGGUCAAAGUGAACCAUUUCUUGAAGAGCCUUUGCUUCCUGAGGAUGCCACUCCUCCUUCAAUGCCUCCUUCCACCAAAUCACUGCUAUGUGUGGUCUCAGUAUUCAUGUUUCUUGGAACGUUCAACCUCUCUAGUCUGCUUAGUGAACCAAGAACUAUGGCUUUAGGAGAGAGUGAUCGAGUAUUUGUGGUUCGAGCAGCAAGAAAGCUUUUGCAGGUCACUAGUGGCAACUUAGCAGAACAUAGCAGUGGAGAAAACAGCAAGAUUGGAAUGUGGAUGGGUUGGGCAAUGGCAGUGAUUUAUAUGGGUGGAAGGCUUCCUCAAAUAUGUCUCAACAUGAGGAGAGGACAUGUGGAAGGAUUGAAUCCAUUGAUGUUCUUCUUUGCAUUAGUUGGCAAUAUGACUUAUGUAGGAAGUAUCCUUGUGGCCAGCACUGAAUGGUCAAAGAUUGCACCGAAUCUACCAUGGCUUGUGGAUGCAGGAGGAUGUGUUGUGCUCGAUUUUCUUAUUCUGCUUCAGUUCUUCCACUUCCGUUGUCGCAAAGAUACAGAUUCUGAAAAGAAGUAUGAAACCGCAGAAGCUGUCUAA